ACCGGCUUUGCUGUCGCAAGCAGCAAGCGCAACGCCGACUUCCACGAGCUGUUCCCCGCUGUCCCUGAGGGCGACUACCUGAUCGAAGACUACGGCUGUGCGCUGCAACGCGAAAUCCUCAUCCAAGGCCGCCUGUAUAUCUCCGAGAAUCAUAUCUGCUUCCAUGCAAAUAUCUUUGGCUGGAUCACUGACCUCAUCGUCCCUAUAUGCGAGAUCGUCUCGCUCGAGAAGAAGAUGACCGCCUUCGUGAUCCCCAACGCCCUGCAGAUCAGCACUCGGCAGUCGAAGUAUACCUUCGCGUCCUUCCUUGCACGUGAUACCACAUACGACGUCAUCUUCAACAUAUGGCGGCUCGUCAAACCAACG